CUUUGUUGUAGAUUCCUUGUAGGUUUCCUGCAGAUUUUUGCCUAAGUGUUGCAAUGGAACCGAGCUGGAGUACCUUUUUAUUCCAACAGGCUAAUGAGGCUCUGCAUCACCAGCACCAAGUAGCCGGCAACAGCCUCUUGCCGUUGCUCAGUUCUGGAACAGAGCCACCUGAUCAGAAACCUGUGCUGCCCAUUCCCUUGGACCAGAAACCCCCCGUCAGUGCUGCAGAACUUCUUAAAGACAAUGUGGCCAGUGGGACAGGGGGAGGAGGGCCUCUAGUCACUGUGGUCAAAAAGGAGCCCAAAUCAAAGACGCCUUUCAUUUGCGGCUACUGCAACAAGGCUUUCCGGGACAGCUACCACCUCCGGCGGCACGAGUCCUGCCACACCGGCAUUAAGAUGGUUUCACGGCCUAAGAAGAUGCAAACGGCUCCCACCAUGGUCCCGCUCAUAUCCACCGUGCCACGUGAGAACAGCGGGAACCCUUCAUACAUCACAACUGUAGCUGGUAUCCUGACUACAGCUACUACGUCCACAUCCACAGGCACCAGCAUCAUGACCCCAAUGCAACACCAACACCAACACCAACAACACCAACAACACCAACAGCAGCAGCAGCAGCAGCAACAACAACAGCAGCAGCAGCAGCAGCAGCAGCAGCAACAACAACAGCAGCAGCAGCAGCAGCAGCAUCAGCAGCAGCAGCAGAGCAUCCCUAAGAAGACCCCCAAACCGGUUAAAAAGAAUCACGGUUGCGACAUGUGCGGCAAGGCCUUCAGAGACGUGUACCACCUCAACCGCCACAAGCUGUCGCACUCGGACGAAAAGCCGUUUGAGUGUCCCAUCUGCCAGCAGAGGUUCAAGAGGAAGGAUCGCAUGACCUAUCACGUCCGCUCCCAUGACGGCGGAGUUCACAAGCCUUACAUCUGCUCCGUCUGUGGGAAGGGCUUCUCAAGACCUGAUCAUCUAAGCUGUCACGUCAAGCACGUCCAUUCCUCAGAGAGGCCCUUUAAGUGCCAAGUAACGGCUUGUACCUCUGCAUUUGCGACCAAAGACCGCCUGCGCUCCCACAUGAUCAGGCACGAAGGCAAAGUGACCUGCAACAUCUGCGGCAAAAUGUUAAGCGCUGCCUACAUCACGAGUCACCUCAAGACGCACGGCCAGGCCAGCUUCAGCAACCCGUGUAACAACAAAGGCAUAAGUGACUGGCAGUGGAACCACUCAGGGCCACGAAAAGGUGAGUUGACUGUAGGAGAGAUUUUAAAUAACUCCUUCCAAGUCCUAAUUGACAACUCUCACAGAGAUGCCAACAACGUGCACAACAACUCGGCGAGUACGACGGCGGUCACGAAUUCUGCGGCCAUCACCUCGGCUUUGAACCGCGGAGGCAUCGUCAGCAACCCAAUCACCAUCGCCGCUCAGAUGAACAUCGCCACCAGCACGGUGAACAUCACGUCACAGAUGAACCUGCAGCACCCCGUCACCAUCACCGGCCCCAUGAACCUGGCCUCCGUCAACAUCCCGACGACAGCACACAUGAAUCUGGCCCACCCCGUGGCCAUCACCACUCCCAUGUCCAUGAAUAUCACCGGGCCCCUCAACAUCGCCAUGAGGCCCAUGGAUAGCAUGCCUUUUCUAUCCCAAGUCCUGCCUUCCUCCCCUCCGUGGUAGAGCGUCUUCUUUUUUUUUAGCUUAUGUAAGCACUGAUAAUGUUUUAACUGCCAAAUAAUGGACGAGCCCGUCAAAUCAGUCCUUUUGACAAGUUCAAAAGUGAAUGCAGUACAAACUCGUAUAUGGUAACCAAUGAUUGCUAUUUGCAGGGGUGACAUAUUCUUAAUUUUAUUUGAACAUUCAUAUAUUCUUAAUCAUACUGGAAAAAAUAAUUUAGUGACAGUCAGAAAAUUACCAUAUGAAAUAAAGUACGCUGCCUUCCACAAGUGCAUUCUACGGGUAGGCAAACUUACACCCCUUAUCUAUCCUAGUAUUUUCUUUUUCAUUCAUUUUUCUUUUAGAUUUUGUAAUAUAGGACAAUUCUAGAUAUUUUAUCCAAGUGAGCGUCUGUUUGGGCUACCCAUUAAAUGUAUUACCUGUCACAUUAAGAUACUUCAUCACAUUGAUGCAAACAUACUGUAAAUCAGGUUAACCAUAAAGAAGUCUAGCUCAUGGAUCUGCUACAUUGGUCUUUACAGUAAAAUGGAAACAUUUCUGACAGAUCCAGUUCUUAUCCUCUCAAAUGAUUUGUUAUAAAGCUCCACCCCGCUCUACGGUGUAACUCACCCGGGUCGGAUUUCUAGCGGCCAUUCCUGUUUCAAACAUCAAAAUAGAAACUGGUUUGAUAAAAAAAUCUACGUUGUUUACUUCUUUUUCUUAUAGAGGUUUGAACUCACUGUCUGUUCAAAGAUAGUUUUGAGUGCCAGAUAAGUGUGGCCUCAUCUAUUUCGCCUGAUGGAGUCCAAAAAGUCUAGAAAAUGAUCCUAAAGAUCAGAUUAACAAGUGAAACUAUUUGGAAGAAUAAUGAACUCUCUUGUCCGAUCAUUUGUAUUUGUUUCCUCUACUGCCCGAAUAACCCGAAACAUGUCACCAGCCAUGGAACACUUAACGGACAGAUGUUUUUGGAAAUGUUUCCGCAGAUAUUCUGUGGAAAUAAUGACCCUUUUAUGCCAAAGAUUUUCUAAGUAGUUUCUCCCUAAAUGCUAUAUUUUAAAGGAAUAGGGGAAAACUGUAAAACACAAUUGAACCCUCGCAUAACUCUCCUUUAUGAUGAAAUGGUCGCCCAAUGCGUGGCAGUCUGAUCUCUAAUUGAAUUUCUUUGCGUUAACGGUUACAUGAACAGGUUUUAUUACACUACCAAAAGACUUCCUUUGACUUGACUUUCAAAUUAUUGGGCAGUUAUUACAAUGUCAGCUGCUAUGUUUCCACCCAUAUUUGUUUUUAUUUAUCCAUUGCCUACUCCUUUUUUCAAACUCGGGUAGUAGGUUUUACUAUUACAGAUAGUUGAGGGCGAGCUAACUGCAGCAGUGUUGGCAUUAAACACAUUAUAUGCUGUGGAGAUGCACGCCCUUAGAGUUCUCUCACUUUUAUUUAACCGCUGAAGGACGGUGUUGAUCUCGUAAAAGUGACCGACAAUUUUUUCUCCAACUGGGCAUCUGACUUUGAACAUGGGUGACACUUUACCCUCCUUUUUAGGCUUUGUUUUAAAGCUCCUUAAAGCUGAAGUGUAUCGGAGUUGUUCUUAAAUGCUUCCUCUUCAGGCAGAUUUAGUUUGUUUCCGUUGUUAUUUUAGUGGACUUAUCAGUAUUUGAUAGUUUAUGUAUUUUAAAGAAAAACAAAGCUUCCAUUUCAGGGGAGGGUGAAUGAUCAUGGGGGUUUAGUCGACGGUUCAGAGGCUGUUUUUUUAGAUCCAUCAACUAUCCCCUCCCCACCAUGUUUAUGUUUUUUAAAUGGCUGGAAACCAGUCAGUGGUCACUGCUGGAUACUCUACACUAGUGACAUCUGUUUAGGAAUUUUCUGUAUGUAUUUAUAUCAGGACGUCACAGUUUGAAGGUACAACAAAGAGGAAAUGUCUUGUACUCAAAGCGUGUCCCCUACCGUUUGCCCUUUAAAAUGGCAGUAUUAUCACAGGUCAACAUUUUUUACAUUUGAAUUGAUUUUUUUUUUUCAACUGUAGAGGUCAAGAAAGCUAUCCAAGUGGCUCUGUAUAAGGAAAGCAGUCCCAAAGUUAACUCCUAUGUUCACUAAUAUUGUUUACUUCAGCAGGUUUUAGGAUCCCAUCACUGUCAGUCCAACUCAGGAAGGUUACUGAGAAUAGUCUUUAAAGAAAAAAAACAUCUACACACUGGCCGUUUCUUUGUAAAUAUGAAACACUAUUUUAUUGCCUUUUUGACCUGUGGGAGAGGGAGCUUCUCUACUUGCCACAGGCUAGCAAUGCAAGAACUACAUCACUGAUGUGGCCGUCCAUCCGAGGGGAGACGUGAGCAGCAGCAGCUAAAGGAUAAGGCUGGUGUUCUCCAUCAUCAAAUCCAUUGAAGGUUUACCAUAGGAACAAGAAUUAUCAGUGCAGCUAUGGCCUCUUCAUUUACAUUUACACUGAGCUUAUGCCCUUCAGAUUGUUCAAAUCACUCCUUGAAACUGUCACUGUUAUUAGCGGGGUAAAAAACAAACAAGGUUUAUGUAAUUAUUCCAAUCGAAGGAACACCUGUGGCACAGUGUUAGCAAUAUGAGGCCGUAGCUGUUAGCAGCUCAUCUCGGAUGCCUGAAGAGAAAACUCCAGCCAUAUCCUUUUUAAAGCUGAAGUUUUCUCUGUAGACCUCACUUGCAUAGCUCAGUGUGUUAUUUUAUUGUUUGUUCGGGAUUAUUGUUUUAAUCCUGGCAGUUCAUCUUCACUGGAAAGUUGAGGCUGCGAUCACAAAGGACGCUUUAUUUCCCACUUGAUAUUAAAAUGUACCUUAAAGAGCUGGAGGUCAGAAGCAGAUUAGGGUUAAUUAAUUCCACAUUCAUACAUGCUUUUCAUGUGAAGUCGUUACUGAGGAAAAGGGGUUAACGAUAUGCUACACGACCUUAUGCAAACAUGUUUAAUACCUUUUGAGAGAUAUUGUGCAGAUCAUAGCACCAAGGCUAAAAAUAUAGCAGUUAGCAUUAACACAAAUAGCAGUACACCAUGUGUUGCAUUCUUGACUCAGUUGUCUGGUCUAUUACGUCGUCAUUCCUGUUGGACCCCACAGUAGAGUGGUGCAGUAAUGUAUUUUUGUAGGUCAACCAGGAAGUUAUAAUCACAAGAGUAACCCUGACAAUUAUUUAUUUUCAAGUAAAAGUCACAUUCUAACGCAGGCUAUUAUCGACCUACGUCACGUCAACACUAAGCUAAAGACAAGACUCCUGUUCGGUGUUAUGAAGUUUAGCACACUCAUUUAGCCUUUAUUUUUAGCGACCACACUCUUAAGACAUGUACAAGCUUCUGACUGUCCGAGUGGGUUAUUUACUAAUGUGUUUAAUGUCGUAGAACAAAGAAUUCAGAUCACGUUAGCCUGUAACUUGCAGGCAUGGGUUCAGGAAAUGUGAUAGUUCAGCUAGCGAGGCUACUGAACCAGCACCUAGAGGCUCUGCUGCUGCAUUAUUCAACCUGUUUCUCACUAACUAUGCUAACUAGUUAGCUGGUCAUACCGGCCAUUAGUGAAUAUAGGAAAUGACUCAUUCUGUGCAACCACAGACAUUAUUUCAGGCAUCUAACCAAACUAACUUUGAGCCCAAGUGAGCCCAACAUGCUGAAAUGCUAACUAAUUUCCUGGUGUACGACUCAUUCCUACAGCACGAUCAAAUCCCCUUCAUGUCAGAGCAGGACGAACAUGUGUUUGGAGAUGCUCUUGUCACGGCCAAACCGCAGGGAAUAAAAUGAGAGCAUAUGAAGCCUCUAUUGUGAUCUCAGCCUCAACCGUUUCUGCACCAGGCUAAUGCCCCCUCUUCCCUGGUGUGUGGGUGAGUAGUUUGUAGAUGUGAAGCCUGUUGGUGGUUAAGCUCCUUUUUUUUCACAACAGGAACUCUGAAGCACUUGCCGCAAACUGUAGGAUGUGCACACUACAGAGGAGUGGUACUAAAAGGGGCAUUUCAAUUUGGUGGAAUGCAAUUUAUUUAAUUUCACAGCUCCUGGCUGCAUCUGCAUUUUGGCAUCCCCUCAAUUUUCUUGUAUGCAUGCCAACACUGGCCACCAAGGGAAACGCUCGUAUGUGUACUGGCAUUAUGAUCUUUAAAAAUAGUUUGCCAUCGAUAUGAUUUAUUUUAUUUUUUACAAUGUUGCAUGUGGACGACGGAGCUUGUCCAGUGUAGGUUUGAGUUCAAAAACCAUAAUUAGAAGGCUAGUGACUUUUUAUGAAAACAAAACACUAAAAAAAAAAAUUAGUAUGGAAGGAAGUGCGCCGUGUCAUUUGUCCUUCUCCAGUGGCCGUAAACAAGUGUGCCUGAAAUACUUUGCAAGACUUUUCCACACGUCGAUGCUUCCUCCUCUCGAUGUGCUGUGUGAUGGAAUCGUUUUGCGAGGGAAAGCCUUCAUCAGUUCAGACGGCCCCGGGCCCCAUGGCAACCAAACUAUGUUAGCUUUUCUCUUAUGUUUUACAACGUUAUGAUUGUGAAGUUCUCUUACUUCAGGAACAACUUUCAACAUGAAUUGAGAUCUGUGUUUGGGUCAUGUAACUGUAACUGAUAUUUAACCUUAUGGUUUCUUUAAUUUGACUUCAACGUAAUAUGAAAAACAUUUGGCCAAAUAUUGCUUUGGAAGAUUUCUUCUUUUAUUUUCUGUGAAGUUUGUAUGAUGAAUUUGGCAGAUGUGAAGGCAAAUGAAUGUAUAUCUUUGUACAAACCAUUUAGAUCAGAGGACAUGUUAGUUAUGAAAGACACAUGCAAGGAAAAAAAAUAACCUUUUAUAAAUCUUUUUGUAUUAGAACAUUAACAAACGGUAAUUUUUGUAUAUACAAAGGCUAGGCUUUCUGAUUAGCAGAAAGGUAAAACAUUCCUACAUUUUUUUUAAAUGUAUGUCCAUUGAGAAUAAUUAUGUAAACAUAUGCGCAAUGUUUUAUGUGCCUUUUAUUUGGGUUUGUCUAAAUAAAAGAAAACGAUAAAACAUGAUUGUGGACUGUCCAUGCUGAGUCCCACAGAGGAGAGUCGAUAUUUUCCCGAUGAAUCUACGGACUGACCCCCUGCACUCGAGACAACCCCCCCCCCCCCCCCCCCCCCCCCCCCCACCAAGAUCAGGAGAGAUUUCCUCCUCUCCGUUGCUUUUCCUAGCUUUAGUCAAGGAUCGCUGGAAGGUGGUUGCUGAAGUCCCCGCUCCAGACGGAUGUUCCUCCAGACUCCUCCGUGUCUUCAGCGGCUCACUGGCUCACAGUUGGCCUGCUUACAAUGAAAGUGCCUCUGUGACUUCGCUCAUUGGAGUGGAUUGUAGGGGAUUUUGUGCCAAACCAUGGUCUGUAUGUGACGACAAAAACAUUUAGGUGUUUUUUCAUUCUUUAACUAUUAAACUUGCAAAAUGUUC